AAAGGCCCAAAAACUCCAUUUAUUUGCAAUUGAAAGUUUAGAAAUUUACGUUUUUGUAUCGAAUAUUGUGAUUUUAAUAGGAGUUUUAUUCAGCAUCGCUAUUUGUACUACUUAUAUUUAUGUGCUCGUUAUGUAUAACGUAUUUAAUUACGAUACUUUUGAUAAGUUAGAUAUCGUUUAUGUAAUCGUAAUGUUCAUUAUAUGUUGUGGACCGAUGUAUCAAAUCGUUUUUGUGAUUACAAAACUUUACAACGUGGAAAACGAUGUUUUAUCGUUUCUUUAUCAAUAUCCAAUAUCUAAAUUAACUCAAAUUGAGGCCGGCGAGGUGUUAAUAACGAUAAAUUCGUUUAUAACUCAUAAACCUUUAAUAAAAGCUUCGAAUAUGUUUACUGUUGGUACACCUCUUCUUGCAUCUAUUUCAGGAAUGGUUAUAACUUACCUUUUGGUGGCAAUUCAAUUCCAUGUAACUUUACGUAAUAAGUAAUACAGUAAAACCUCGAUAUAUCUCAGUAUAUUUAUUAUUAUACUCAGUAUAUUUGGGUUUUAAUUGUUAUUCAGCGUUGACGUCAUGAAUCAAGCUAUGCACCUGAUCCUCUUGGAUUCUACCGCCCUUGGUAUAAAUAUAAAGCCAAGUAGACUAAACGCAAUUAAUUUGUGUGCAU